AUCUCUCUAAACUUUCAGAGCCCGACAAUCAUGAGAUCGUUGACACCAGAACCACCUUUAGAAGAGAAAUACGGAGAUCUCUUUCGUAAGUAUUCGAAUGGUGAUACUGUUGAACACGGAGAAGGAACCUUUAAUACCGAGGGAGUGGAGGAAAUGGAAUUGCCACUUAUAGACCUCGGGCGUUUGAGCUUGGGAGGAAAGGAGGAGGAAGAAUGCAAAAGAGAAAUUGCUUUGGCUUCACAAGAAUGGGGAUUCUUUCAAGUAGUGAACCAUGGGAUUUCUCGAGAAGUAUUGGAGAGAAUGAAAAGCGAACAAGUGAAGCUUUUUCGAAGGCCGUUUAUGGAGAAAGUAAAUGAUGCAUGCAUGAAUUUUCCGAUGGGAAGUUACCGGUGGGGGUCGCCGUCUGCCACACGUCUGAGUCAGCUGUCUUGGUCGGAAGCUUUUCAUGUGCCUAUGUCUAACAUUUCUGGCUUAACCGGUCGGGACAAUCUCAGCUUGACAAUGGAGCAAUUCGCUACAAAGAUAUCCGAGUUGGCACAAAAACUCGGGCAGAUUCUUGCUGAGAAGUUAGGUCAAGAUCCCAUGUUCUUUAAAGAACAUUGUUUGCCUAGCACUUGUUACCUUCGAUUGAAUAGAUACCCACCAUGUGCGGUCUCUUCCAAGAUUGUCGGACUAAUGCCACACACCGAUAGUGAUUUCCUCACCAUACUUCACCAAGACAACAUCGGAGGUCUACAAUUGGUUAAAGACGGGAAAUGGAUCGCAGUCAAGCCCAAUGAGGACGCUCUUAUUAUCAAUAUUGGAGACUUACUUCAAGCGUGGAGCAACGACGUUUACAAGAGCGUAGAACAUAGGGUUUUGACUAACCAACACAAGGAGAGGUUCUCGAUGGCGUAUUUCUUUUGCCCAUCAUAUGAUUCAAUAAUACAAAGUUGUGGUGAGCCUCAAGUCUAUAGAAGAUUUAGUUUUAGAGAGUUCAGGCAACAAGUCCAGGAUGAUGUGAAAAGGUUGGGCUACAAAAUUGGGCUUCCUAGGUUUAUUCUAUGAAGAUGGGCCCGACCCAAACUAGCCCAGUAUAAAUGCUUCUCUAUAUUUUUGCAGUCUAUAGAAAUAUUGUUGUGAUUUGUAACAGCCCCUUGUUUUUGUAUAACAAUAUUAAUAGGGCUUUAUAUUUUAUGUAAUAAUGUCUUUAUUUUUAUUUUUUUGCUACAAUGCAAUAAUGUAUUAUGUUUGCUUCCUAUGUAGUGAGCAAGAAAAAAAUGAAAAGUUUUGCCAAUA